CGCUGGUCAGAGGGCGGGAGAACAGCGCUCGCUCAUAUAUGAGGAGCAGCACACUUCCAAACUUUCCUGACUGGACACCUACAGCAGUUUAAACAAAGAGUUGAAUAACAGCAGAAGACAUGAUUGACGAAGUGAAAAGGGAGAGAGGCGAUCAAUGGAUUUCAUUUUACUCCAGCGAGGUGUAUUAUGGAGCAGACAACCUGCUGUUGGGCCCCAGAGGAUAUUCCCCCCCAGAGCAUCACUACCAGAGUUACGGCCCACCGUGUGAUUCAGCAGCUGCGGGAAACACCGGGAGACUCGGAAGCCCAGUGGGAAUACUGCCUCCACCAAACCCCAAAGGAUACACUGAGAGCAGCUCCAGUGAACCUGAGUUUCCAGCGCUGAAAUCAGUCUACAGACGGACCUUAAGCCACGCCAAGCCACCAUAUUCCUACAUCUCUCUUCUCUGCAUGGCAAUCCAGCAGUCGCCAACCAAGAGACUGACUCUGAACGAGAUCUACGACUGGAUCCGCCAGCUCUUCCCGUAUUACAGACAGAAUCAACAGCGAUGGCAAAACUCCAUCCGCCAUUCCCUGUCAUUCAACGACUGCUUCGUGCGUGUACCAAGAUCACCAGACUCGCCAGGGAAAGGCUCGUACUGGGCCCUGCACCCCGACUCCGGUAACAUGUUUGAAAACGGCUGCUACAUGCGUCGCCAGAAGCGCUUCAAGUGUCAGAAGGUGACGUCGCCAUCAAAAAAUUCGGAUGGGGAAGCUGUGAAAUCAGAAGGGAAGAAGAAAAAGGUGGAGGUCAAGUCACUCAUCUCUUCUUGUAAAUCACCUGUGCCUCCUCCGAGUGACACCACAGCACAGCAUUCAAGCAUAUUACCAGUAUCCUAUCCUGCAACCAAAGCACCUUCUCCUUCCCAUCUUUGUCAGCACCUUACACCCUCACACACUUUAUUUCCUACCCAGCCACACUUGCCUUCUCUUAACGUCCCGUUCCCAACAAUGCCCAGUCCCAGCCUGCAGUCUGUCCCGCCAGCCUCUAUGGAAUCCAGCUUGCACUGUGAACCUACUUCCCAACACUCCAUUUCUGUCCCGCGACUUAUGGACUUCCAGUACUGCGAGACUCCUGUGAACUACCCGGUUUACUGCCAGUCUAAUUCUCAUCCCAACUUCACCUCGUAUGCAGGAGACUCUGUUUACUACCCUGGAUUUAGCAUGUGUUCUGCUCCUCUUCUGAGUUCCUCCUGAUCAACCUCCUAUAGUCUAUUAAGGGCUUUAAAAAUGGAUUCAUUUCUGUUUAGAUACUUAUAAUUGCUGUAUAUAUUAGUUGGACUCAUAG